CCAUUAAAUCCCAUGCCUCGUCUAUUGAACGCAUCUCCCAACACAGCGUUGCCACCUCCUUCUCCAUCGGAGGAGUAUAUAAUGGAUGAACACUUGGGGAUUUUGAAAGUCAUCGUUGUGCAAGGAAAACGAUUAGUGAUUCGGGAUUUCAAGAGUAGCGAUCCUUAUGUUGUGGUAAAGCUAGGAAAUCAGACAGCAAAGACUAAGGUGAUUAAUAGUUGCUUGAGCCCUGUUUGGAAUGAAGAGCUUAGUUUCACUCUGACAGAACCUGUGGGAGUUCUAAAUUUGGAAGUGUUCGAUAAGGAUCUUUUGAAGAGUGAUGACAAGAUGGGAAAUGCCUUCCUCAACCUUCAACCACUAUUCUCUGCAGCUAGAAUAAGAGACGUUUUACGGGCUUCCUCCGGUGAAACAACAAUAAGGAAGCUCGUACCCGACAGCGAAAACUGCCUCGUUCGCGAAAGCAGCAUCAACAGUGUUAAUGGCGAACUGGUGCAAAACGUUUGGUUACGGCUUCGGGGAGUUGAGUCUGGUGAGCUUGAGUUGACAAUCAAGUUCAUCACUCCGACCACUCCCUCAGCAUAAGACAAACAAGUUCACUAAGGUUGCUUCCUCUGUAUAAUAGGGCAGAUAUUGUUAAGUGUUUCUUGUGUUAGAUCUCUUCUCAAGAUCAUAAUUGUAAC